UCUCUAAUUUGUAAUAGAACACAAAAUAAGACUGUGAAGAUGAUUGGACUUUAUGGAGAGGGAGAGACAGAGACACAGAGAGGACCAAUUCCCCAACUUAGUAUCUUGUUGUCCUCUGAGAGGUGAGGAGCUCCUCUGUCUGGAGUAUUUUCUUCAAUGAUUACAUGUAGAAUUAGUGAAAUUUGGAAUUAUUUGAUGUUAUAUUUUACCCUCCCUUUGGUUGUGUUAUCCCCCCUUUGGUUUCUUAGCCUUUUGCUAUCCUUGUUAUUAAUUCCUAUGGAGAUUUGACUCAAUGAUGGCGUCAUCAUGGUGAUGAGACUGGGAGAGAAUUCCAGACUUCUUCAUUUGGUAUUUAUGAGGGCAAUAAAUGGAAGAGAGACGUUGGCAGGAAGGAAGAUGUUUGAUAAGCAGCCAAAGUGGUGAGUUUGCAGGUGAAAAAAUUCUGUCUUCAUUUCUUCUGUUUCCUUGAUUGGGUUCAUUGAAGCUUCAAUGGAAUAUGACUACAGGAGCGAAGACAUCAGAUUCAGAUGCUCUGAACCAGCUCAAGUUUUCAAUGAAGAAACAUGUCAAAUGCCAUGACAGUGAUUCAGUGAGGAAUACAAUGUUGAAGCAUGAAGAAAUCUUCAAGGAACAGGUUUGUGAACUCCAUCGUCUGUAUCAAGUCCAGAAGAUGCUGAUGGUUGAGCUGGUGAACAAGAGAGAAGAGCUCAAUUCCUUGCCAAGUGAAGCUACAGAAGCAGUUGCAGAAACAAAGACUAGAAUCUGGAGUAGUGCUUCAACCUCAGAGAUCACUGAAUCUUCUCAUGUUAGUAAUGUGAACCAACCUGCAGCUUGCAGCACAAGGACAAACCUCCUCUCAAGGGAGCUAAGUUUCUGCUCUCGCAACCGAUCAUCAAGCGCACAUAUAGUGGGAUUUGACUUCAAACAACCAGUUCAAGAGAACACUUGCAUAGGAGUAAGGAACGCCAAACAGCUACAAGAAACAUGGUCUGAUGAUGGAAGUGAACUUGACCUGACACUUAGCAUAGUAUGUGGUCCUAAAAGCAUGGAGGAACAAAUGGUUUCACCGUGCCUGAAUGCUGAUAUUGGCUGCUCGGAUCCAACUACUAGUGAUAUUAGGUUGAGGCAGAUUGAGCAGGAGAAAGAAGAGGAUUGUGGUGAUACCUCUUCUGAGAUGAACAGGAAAAUGUUGAAAAGUCCCCCUUGGAUUCUGGAUGCUCAAAAUUUGAACAAGAGAUGAAACAUCACAAAAUUUUGUUGCUUGUUUCUCGUUGCUUGGAUCCUUGAAAAAAUGGUGAAAGAGAAUUCUGAACAAGGCCUUUUACAGUAGCAGCCAAUAUCAAUUUCUUUAUACAGCCAAUAUGUUUUUUUGGUUUUCAAGUUUGUUAAUCUUACUCUUGAUUUUUUUGUUUUGUCAUUUAGAACAAAAGUGAUCCAAAAGUGUAGUAUCUCUUUUGAUCCCAAAUAUAUUCUUCGGAAACACAAUUCUCAUCUA